AUGUGUCUUUUUUAGAUUAUGUUAUACCUCGUGUGGUUGGCGGUAAUUGUUGCCGCUUCGGCGCUGUACUUCCGCCAGCUGUACUCCAGAUUCUCCAGAUAUGGGGUGAAAACUUUCAAGCCCAUCCCCAUCUUGGGCAACAUGUUCAGAGUCAUUAUGCGGAUUGAUACCUUCGCUGAUGAUGUCCAGAGAUACUAUGACGGAUUUCCGGGAGAGAGGUUUGUCGGGAGAUACGAAUUCUUGAAUCCGAUGGUUAUAGUCAGGGACCUCGAGCUGGUGAAGAAAAUCACUGUCAAGGACUUUGAGUACUUCCUCGACCAUCGGUCGUUUGUCGACGAAAAAGUGGACCCCUUCUUUGGAAGAAACCUAUUCUCGCUAAAAGGCCAAGAAUGGAAGGACAUGCGAUCAACUUUGAGUCCAGCAUUCACCAGCUCCAAGAUACGACUGAUGGUGCCAUUUAUGGUAGAAGUUGGUAAUCAGAUGAUAGAAGCUCUUAAGAUGAAGAUAAAGAAAUCAGGAGUUGACUAUAUCGAUUUCGAUGCUAAGGACUUGACAACUCGAUAUGCUAAUGACGUCAUCGCAUCCUGUGCAUUCGGCCUGAAGGUGGACUCUCUGAAGAAAGAGGACAACGAAUUUUAUAAGAAGGGAAAAGAAGCUUCUACAUUUGGAUUCUAUCAAAUUCUUAAAUUGUUUGGCUUUCUGUCAGCUCCAAAACUUAUGUCGAAACUGAAAUUUAGACUCUUCACAAGUGCCACUACCUCGUUCUUUAAGACCUUGGUGCUGAGUACCAUGAGGAACAGGGAGGAGCAAAACAUUAUCAGACCCGACAUGAUACAUCUACUCAUGGAAGCCAAGAAAGGAAAAUUGACAUUCGACGAUAAAACAAAACAAGAUGACCACGCCGGAUUCGCUACUGUUGAAGAGUCAAAUGUUGGAAAAGAAGAUAUAGAUAGAGAUUGGUCAGACGUCGAUUUAAUAGCUCAAGCUGUUCUAUUCUUCAUCGCUGGCUUCGAGACUGUAUCCUCAGCGAUGUCAUUUGCCCUUCACGAGUUGGCUCUCAAUCCUGAAGUACAAGAGAAACUGGCACAGGAGAUAAAAGAGAAUGACAUUAAAAAUGGUGGGAAAUUCGACUACAAAUCCAUUCAGGAGAUGACGUAUAUGGAUAUGGUAAUUUCAGAGGUUCUCAGAUUAUGGCCGCCGGCAGUCGCUCUGGAUAGGCUGUGUGCUAAAGACUAUAAUUUAGGCAAACCCAACAGUAAAGCAACCAAAGAUUAUGUUAUACGCAAAGGUGAAAAUCUUGGAAUACCAACUUGGGCCUUCCACCGGGACCCUCAGUACUUUCCAAAUCCCCUGAAGUUCGACCCGGAACGUUUCUCUGACGAAAAUAAACACAACAUACCACCUUCUGCGUACAUGCCGUUUGGAUUGGGUCCCAGGAACUGUAUUGGUUCAAGAUUCGCGCUGUGCGAAGUGAAAGUGAUGCUGUACCAACUGCUGCAACAUAUGGAGCUGACACCGUGUGAGAAGACUUGUAUACCCACCAAGCUCAGUACUGAUACUUUCAACCUUCGCAUCAAAGGAGGUCACUGGUUGCGUUUAAAACAAAGAACAUAGGCAUUAUAUAUUGUU